AUGUGGCAGCAGAACCUACACGUCUUCCUAACGAAGUGCUCUCUGCUCAUGUCGAACCGGCACUUCAACGUCAAGAAAACAGAUGUCAGGAUGAAUGACAAGAAAUGUUCGUGGGCGUCUUACAUGACAAAUUCCCCCACCGUGAUUGUGAUGAUUGGCCUUCCAGCCAGAGGGAAGACAUACAUGUCCAAGAAACUUACACGCUACCUCAACUGGAUUGGCGUCCCCACCAAAGUUUUCAACCUGGGCGUGUAUCGCCGAGAAGCCGUCCGAGCCUACAAGUCGUACGACUUCUUCCGGCAUGACAAUGAGGAGGCUAUGAAGAUCAGGAAGCAGUGUGCACUCGUGGCUUUGCAAGAUGUUAAGAUGUACCUGACAGACGAGGGCGGUCAGAUUGCUGUGUUCGACGCAACCAACACAACAAGAGAGCGGCGAGACCUCAUUCAAGGGUUUGUGAAGGAGAAUGGGUUCAAGGUGUUCUUUGUCGAGUCCGUGUGUGAUGACCCAGAAAUCAUUGCUGCCAAUAUCAUGGAAGUCAAGGUGUCCAGUCCGGACUACCCCGAAAGGCACCGAGAGAGGGUCAUGGAUGACUUCCUGAAACGGAUCGAGUGCUACAAGGUGACUUACCAACCGUUGGAUCCUGAUGAUUAUGACAAGGACCUCUCUUUCAUUAAAGUAAUGAACGUGGGCCGACGUUUUUUGGUGAACCGGGUGCAGGACUAUAUCCAGAGCAAGAUCGUGUACUACCUCAUGAACAUCCACGUGCACUCGCACUCCAUUUACCUGUGUCGACACGGCGAGAGCAACCACAACAUCGAAGGCCGCAUCGGGGGGGAUUCGGAACUCUCUGCCCGCGGGAAACAGUUCUCUCGUGCCCUUCGCAACUUUAUUGAAGAGCAUGAGCUGUCAGAUUUGAAGGUGUGGACGAGCCAGCUGAGACGUACCAUACAGACAGCUGAGGAGCUGGCAGUCCCUUACGAACAGUGGAAGAUACUCAAUGAAAUAGACGCGGGCGUAUGCGAGGAGAUGACCUAUGAGAUGAUCCAGAGGGCGUUUCCGGAGGAGUUUGCGUUGAGGGACCAGGACAAAUAUCACUACCGGUACCCAGGCGGGGAGUCGUACCAGGACCUGGUCCAGCGUCUGGAGCCAGCCAUCAUGGAGCUGGAAAGACAAGGAAACGUGCUGGUGGUCUGCCACCAAGCGGUCAUGCGCUGUCUGUUGGCCUACUUCUUGGACAAAAGUGCUGAAGAUCUGCCCUACAUGAAGUGUCCAUUGCACACUGUCCUCAAACUCACCCCAGUGGCGUAUGGUUGUAAAGUGGAAAUGUUUUAUCUCAAUGUGGAGGCAGUGAACACGCAUCGCGACCGACCACUUGGUCAAAUUCCCAAGGACUCUGCCCUUUUACUCCGGCGGAGUAGUUACACACCUUUGUGCAGUCACGACCAGGUCAAGCGUCCCCGACUGUACAGUGCAGGCAAUCAGCCCUGGCUGCCCCUCGCCCCUACGCCACCGGCUUUGAUGCCCGAGGGACGGCAGAGCCAAGGCUCCCUGUGCGAAGGAAUCGACUUUGAUGACCCUGACGAAACGAGCGGCUGCGUGCGCUUCUGA